AUGUCCCCCGAACCUCUCCAGCUCAACGUCGUCCACGUCCUCCUCCAGUAUAUCGCUCCGCCCUCUCAGCUCACCCAGCCGCUUCCCCCAUAUCUCCUCUCCAAACCUCUGCUUCAGCGCCACCAUUUCCUCCGUCUAUCGACAGACCAGCCGGACGAGUAUCUCUGCUGGCCCUCGUCGCCUGAGAGAAAAGCACACGUCAUCCACCUCCUCGAGUCUCGUCCCCGCCCACUGGAUGAUGAUCAGCCCUUCGCCUACCCUGUCCAGUACUCCUUCGACGGAGAGGACUUCUACGCUCACGUUGACCUGUCCAACGAUGGAAGCGACGGAGCGAGGGUUAUCCUGCAGUGGGAUGAGGCGGGCGAAUGGAGGUACCACAACACAGACCUGAUGCCCUUCCCUCCGGGCAGUCGGAGCGCACUCGAGGACGUCCUUGUCCCGCCUGCACCGCCGAACCCCGCCUCCCUGCCUACUCUGUCCACUGCGGCGUACCCCCGCAGCUAUGAUCUAGACAUUCCUGACGACGACGAUGGUGACGAUGACGACUAUUGGAACGCGUACGGUUCGACCGACAUUGGGGACAGCGCGUAUCACAGUGCUGCACCCGUGUCUGCCAAAGAUACCACCUCGUCCGAGGAUGCCUACUGGGACCAAUACUCGUCAGUGCAAGGAACUGCUGACUCUACGAUCCCAUCCCCUACCCCUCACGGGCGCCGGAAAGCCCUUCCCAAUUCGUCAGAGGCCGAGCAGGACCUAACGUCCCCCCUUCCUGUCCCGGUGCGCGUGCCCUCCGAGGACACAUACGCCGAGCCGCUUCCAAUCCCACCGUCCCUUGUGCCUCGCGCACGAAGCAACUCGCGAUGGGAUCCAGCGUCUCCGACUGCUUUGGCCCGGCUGCUGUCCAGCAUCACGCCGCGGGAAAGCGCAUUGCCCAGUCCCGCGCCGGGUGCCAGCUUUGACAUGGAUGAAAACUUCAGCUCACCGACCGUUGGCGGAAGCGACGACUCGGAGCUAUCAUCCUCUCCCGGGUUGGGACUAAGCGGCGUGGGUCCCGUCAUGGCCGCUGCGAUUCUCGCGGAGAGUGUGUCUAUGGCCCAAGCGGACGCUGCGAACCAGUCGCAUGCCCUCGCGAUGGCGCUUGGUUCCAGCGCACAGCAGGUCGAAGCGGGCAGCGUGGAGGAUGAAGAGGCAGACUUACGGGCCACGCUGGAGGGCGUGUGGAAGAUGUGGAAGAAGUCAAGGCGGGCGGCUGCUGGCCCCUCUGGCCCCAGCGACGAUAGGCGGACGUUCUCCCGGAACUCGGAGCUCGAGGCGCGCGUGGAGGAGCUCGAGCAGGAGCUGUCCGUGUGGAAGAGCGCGUUCAAGACUGCAGAUGGAGACAGGAAGGUGCUCAGCAAGAGCGUGCUCAAGCUCGAGCGGAGCAUCGGGGCUCUCAAGGAGGAUAACCCUCUGAUACUAUGUCUCAUCGACGGGGACGGAAACAUCUUCUCCGCCGACCUCAUUAAGCAGGGUCAGUCAGGCGGGCGGCAAGCGGCCAUGCUGCUCACUAAGGGCUUGAUGGACCACCUCACCUCGAUUGACCCGUCCGAGACGUCCGUUCCCAGUCGUGGCCAGGUGUGGCUCACGAUCUACUGCAACAAAAGCGGGCUCGUCGAGACGCUCACCGCGAACGCGGUGUGCACUGUGGAGGAGUUCGAGGCGUUCGUGCUCGGCUUCAACCAGUCCUCGCCCUUGUUCUCGAUCGUCGAUGUCGGGAACGGAAAGGAGGCGGCGGACUCGAAGAUCAAGGAGUGCCUCCGCGUCUUCACGCGCUUCCCGCAGACGUCGAAAGUGUUCUUCGGUGGCGCACAUGACAACGGGUACACGUCCACACUCAACCUCCUGCAGAACGAGGGCUUGCUGGACAAGGUCACCCUCCUGAAAGGCUACAAAGACCUCGCGCACGAGAUCAACAGCCUCAACCUCCCGCAACUUGAAAUCGAGGGCAUCUUCAUCAAGAACAAGCUGUAUACUAACGGAACGAAGAAAGCCGCGGCCGCGGCUGCAGCAGCAGCUGCCGCCGCCUCAAAACCAGCGGUGGUCAGCAGCGCCGCGAGCUCGCCGAAGUCGGCAAACUCACCUAAGCAGCCCGUGCUUCAGCAAGCGUUUGAAGCUGAGAAAGCACGAUCAAAGGCCGGGACGCCCGUAUCGAACGGAAAAGGAACCCCAGGGAAGAAACCCCGCGCGCUGGACCCCACACAGCGCGAAGAGAACAUAAGGAGGAAUCGGGAACUGCUCGUCUCGCUUGGCUUGGCCGGCCCCCCGUCGUUCAUGCAACCCAAGCCCAAGCAGCGCAAGCCCGCUCAGUCCAAGAAGCGUCAGGCGCCCUCCGAAAGUGCCGCCGACGAGAAUGACGAAGAGCGCCCCAAGAAGGCAGCGAAGGCUGUCGGUGACGGCGACGCGACCGAGGGUGUACGGAGGAGUUCGCGUAACAAGGGCAAGACGCUCAACUACAACGAGGAUGGCCAGAGCUCGGCUGCCGCCGCUCGCGCUCUUCCUCGGGUCAUCAGUGCCAGUGCCCAGCGCGCGAUGGACAGCGCACCGCGAGACGCGAUGAAAAGGACUCACGACCCAAAGACCUACGGGGCUAUUCCAGGAAUCCCCGUUGGUACAUGGUGGGAGACGCGCCAAGCCUGCAGCGUUGACGCUGUUCACGCGCCAUGGGUGGCUGGUAUCUCUGCUGGCCCGAAAGGAGCCUACUCUGUCGCUCUGUCUGGUGGUUACGAAGACGAUGUUGAUCUCGGGAAUGCUUUCACAUUUACAGGGUCAGGAGGUCGUGACCUCAAAGGAACCAAGGCUCAGCCUAAGAACUGCGGCCAAGAGCGAGAAGUCCGACGAGGCUGA